UUGAGGCAGGAGCAUGAGCCAGUUCAGUUUCAGUGAGCAUGCGCCCUGCAGGACCUUUGCCCGACCACGUGGGUUGAGAGGUAGCAGCAACAGCAUUCACAUGCUGUUUGUCCUGGUGCGCUGCUGCCGUCUGUUUUGCCCACCAAAGGCCACCACAGCCGACCAAUCUCCACUGCCAGCAGGCUGCAUUCUGACUGCUGCACACACACGCAUUCUCCAGACCAAUCCAAUCCAAACUGCCGCCAUGACAAAUCUCCUGCCUUUGUUCUUGUGCCUCCUUUCACUACUGGGAUUCAGCUCUUGUACUGAAAAUGACACAGUGGUGGUCACCAGCAGCGGUCCUGUUCGUGGAAAACACCUCCCAGCAGGCUCUGGCACUGUCACAGCCUUUGUAGGCAUCCCCUAUGCAGAGCCACCUUUGGGGAAAUUACGCUUCCAGAAGCCGAUUCCUCAUAAGCCAUGGAACCAUACCUUGGAAGCCACCAAUUUUGGCAAUUCCUGCCCCCAGAUAGUUCUUCCUGUCUCUCCUGAUUCUGACAUAUGGAACGCCAACACACCCCGCUCAGAGGACUGUCUUUUCCUCAAUGUCUGGGUGCCACAUCCCCGUCCCACCACACCAGCUGCUGUCCUUGUUUGGAUAUAUGGAGGGGGGUUCCUCAUGGGCACAGCCUCCCUAGUUGUGUAUGAUGGUGCAUUUUUAGCUGCCACUGAGAAGGUCAUUGUGGUCUCUAUGAAUUAUCGCCUGGGAGCUCUAGGCUUCCUUUCAUUGCCCCCAGCUGCCCCAGGAAACAUGGGCCUGUUGGACCAACAGUUGGCUUUGAGGUGGGUGAGGGAGAAUGCAGCUGCCUUCGGAGGAGAUCACACACGAGUGACCAUUUUUGGCGAGAGUGCCGGAGGAGGAUCCGUCAGCUUCCACCUCCUUUCACCAGGGAGCCAGCCUCUUUUUGACCGUGCUGUGCUGCAGAGUGGAACUGCCAAUGCACCCUGGGCUUGGGUGAACCCAGAGGAGGCCAAGAGGAGGGCCCGGACUCUAGCUCAGCUGAUGGGCUGUGCUGAACAUGAGGACAGUGCCAUAGUGAGUUGCCUGCAGGGAAAGGAAACAGAAGAGUUUGUAAAUCAUCAGUUCUCUGUUGUGGAUCCCAAGACAAUUCUGAGUCUGCCCUUUGUACCAACCACAGAUGGAGACUUUCUCUUGGAUGAACCACAGAAGCUUCUGGAAUCUGGACAUUUUCAAAGGAAACCUAUCAUGAUUGGUGCCACCUCUGAUGAGGGAUCACUCUUUGUCAUAUAUGCAGGUCCUUACUUGAAUACAUCCAAUGAUAGCCUUUUGACCUGGGAGCAGCUGUUGGAAGGGAUAAAGCUGACUGUGCGCAAUGCAACAGAUGACUUCAUCAAAACCAUAGCCCUGAGGUACAGCCAAGUGGAACCUGAGGGCCCAGCACGGAACCGUUCGGCCAUGUCCCAAGUCUGUGGGGAUUACUUUUUCAUGUGCCCCUUGACUGAGGUUGCCACAGUAAUGACAGAGGCCAGGAGCCCUGUGUACGUUUAUACUUUCACCCAUCGCAGUGCUGGUGCAGUUUGGCCUGAAUGGAUGGGGGCAACACAUGGAAGUGAGAUCCCAUACGUUUUUGGGACUUUGACCUUAAUAAAGGGAACCAAGGAAAAUCACACAGAGGCGGAGUUGGCACUGAUCCCCCGGGUGAUGCGGUAUUGGGCAGAAUUUUCCAGAAGUGGAGAUCCCACUGCUUCUGCUGAGAGCAAAACAAAAUGGCCCCUCUACAAUACCACAGAACUGAACUUCUUUCGUAUCAGCACAGAGCCACCCCAAGUGAAGAAGCCAUCACCUGCUCGAAUGUGCAGUCUCUGGAAGACGCUUUUGUCAGAGGAAUCAAAGCCAAAGAAAACAGAGAAGGAAGAAUUGUGAGAGGUGUUAAUCUGAGACACCAGUGGAGACAUUCCCAAACAUCUUGGAAAUCUGGAAAGAGAAGCAGAAGGAGAAUCCUCAGCACAGAAUUGCGAAGAGUCAUUUCUCAGACAGAAUCUUCCGCAGACCAAUAGAUCUGCCUGAAGACCACAGUUAUUUCUGCAUUGGCCCUUAACCUCUCUAGCUUAAAACCAAGAAUAUGGCAUCCAUGGAUAGUGCUGGACUGAAAGAUGUUCUCAGCUUCCUGUAAUUGCCCCUGUGUUACUGUGUUAUGAUCUCCUUGUACACCUAUAACAGGCCUGCUCAAAUGCUCUGCAGUUGUUUUUGGACUACAGCUCCCAUAACCCCCAGUCUCAGUGGCCAAUGGCUAGGGAUUAUGGGAAUUGUAGGCCAACAUCUGAAGGAGGGCCGAGGUUGAGCAGGUCUGACCUAUAACCAUAUAGACUACCUCUUUGGAGGGAGGGGUAGCAAUGAAAUACAGAAUUUUAAAGUCUUAGCAGCUUGGUCUGCAUUACACUUGGUGUCUGCUCUGCUAUCGUUUCUUCCUCUGCCUUGCCUUGGAUCUUGGAGAAGCUUCACAGAAUAGGAAAGAAGCAAAUGGCCAUUUUCUCUAAUUCCCUGCCCAAAGGGGAGGCAUCCAUUCAUCAGUCACCCAGGGACGGCGCUUCCAACAGGCAAGGUGAGACUGUUACCUCAGAUGGUGGGUGUAGAAGGGCAGCAAGAACUAACCCACCUUCCUUCAUUCCACCUCUCCCUGCAACUGCCACUUCUCCUCAGAUGCUCAAGAUACUUGGGCAGCCCUUACCGCACACACCGCCACUGAUCAACCACUAGGACCCAGACACCUGGGUGGGCCUUAAUCCAUGCAUUCAUCUCCUGCUCCAUCUCAGCUAUGCCACUUACAGCUAUUAAAAUGUAUGAGAAACUAUUACAAAUAAAA